AUGGCAGACUACGGUGUUAUUGGCCUUGGAAUUAUUGGUUAUGGCAUGGCCAGUAACCUGCGCAAAAAGAUUCCUGCUUCUUCAACGCUUCAUGUUCUGGACCUGGACCAGACUAUCAUUCAGCGACUCAUUAACGAGUACGGCAGCUACGGCAAGAUCGAAGCCGCAUCUUCAGCAAAGGACCUUGUGACGAAGGUCGGUGCUGGAGUUGUUCUUUCCAGUCUUCCUGCAGGCCCACAUGUUCGCAAAGUCUAUCUCGACCCUGAGAACGGUGUCAUCGCAGCUGCUAAGAACCCUGAGCGGCUCAUUAUCGAGUGCAGUACUAUUGAAAUUGAAUUCACGCAAGAGCUCGGCAAGACUAUUAUUGAUGCUGGACUGGGUCAUUUUGUCGAUGCUACCGUGUCCGGCGGCAUGUGGGGUGCCAACGCAGGAACACUCUCCUUCAUGAUCGGUCACCCUGAACCCACCGAGGGCGACAAGGUCGGAAAGCGUAUCUAUGACAGCCUUUCUUUUGUUGGCGUACCUAGCACACUUGCAUUCUGCGGUGGUCUCGGAAUGGGUCAAGUAGCCAAGAUUGCUCAUAACUACAUCACCUUGUCAAACAACUUGGUUGCAACCGAGGGAAUGGCCAUCGGUCUCAAGUACGGCAUCGAUAAGAAGGCUCUCUUCAAGUGUAUCAGAGAGGGAACUGCCAACUCCUGGGUUAUGGGACUUGAGCAGCCGGUUCCCGGUCUUGUGCCCGAUGCUCCUUCCAGCAACAACUACAAGCGAGCCUUCGCUCCCGCUUUGAGCGUGAAGGAUCUUACCAUUGGUAUUAAUGCUGCCAAGAAGGUCGGCAUUGCCCCCACAGCCGGUGAGGCUGCCAUCAAGGCCUUCAGGGAAGUUGAUGCCGACCCACGAACACAUGACCUUGAUCACACCUCCUUGUGGCUCCACGUCUAUGGCAACCUUGAUGAGUGGGCUAAGGAGAACCUGAAGAACUAA